AAGGCGCAAGACUCCUACCCUUCCUCUUCGUGGGCGCUGCGCUUGACGUCGUGACCAAUCACAGGCCACGUCGCGCCGCCGCAGCCAAUCGGAAAAACCGGGGCAUUAAGACGAGCACUUGACAGCUCCUCCCUCUCUGUUCGAGGGUGGUUAGUGGCUUUAGUUGUUGAUGGCCUCGUUUUCCUCCUGUUUCGACCCCAUCUGGUUACAUCCGAUGCCAUCGGGGUUCUUGUGAGACAGAGCUUGAGAAUGCGAAGCGAAGAGGCAAGGGCAAAAUUGAGGCGAAUCCAGGGGCAUGCGGAUAGGUCUCCGGUGCGAGCUCAGAAAGUGACUGGAGGAUAUGGCUGGGGGAAGAGAUGGGAGAGGAAUAAACGCGGUGCCCUAGAAAUAUUGAAGACAAAAUUGGGACCAAAAUAAAUUAUUUACUGAGAGGCAUAUCAUUUCCUUGCGUUUUAUUUGGUAGUUCCUUGAUGUGGAGAUAAUAAUAUAGGAGCUGUUGGUAUGGUUGGCCUGAGAUAAGUGACCCCGGAGGAGCUUGAAUGAGAGUGAAUAUGAGGAUACGUCGGCUUUUAAUUCAACGAACCCUUUUCUACAAGACCCUUUGUCACUAUGGGGGAAUUAAAAAGGAAAUAAGGCAAGAGUGAUUCCAACAUUUCCAAGCCAGAUUGCUUCUUUUUCCCCUUUUUGUUUACUUAGUCCAGAUUCCUGCCAAAAAGGAAUUAAUAUUCUUGGAGAUGUUGGAAAAAGAUUCCUGGGCCUUGGAAGAUAAUUACUCCAAAUAUACAGGGGAGUGGGAGGAGGGUGAAGCGGAGAGACAUCAGUUUUCCAGAGUCUGACUUGGCAAGCCUCAGUUCCUUGAUGGCUGUUGGCUAAAGACCAGUUCUUCACCAUGUGAACAUAGGCUGCCUGAGUAUCCGCACAACAUGACAACUGGCUUCCACCAGAGGGAAUGAUCCAAGAGAGAAAUGCCAAGACAACAUGGAGGUGGAGGUGGCUAGAGAAGACUAUAGAUAUAAGUACUCCUGGUAUUUUGCUUGGGAUGCAGACUGACUUAGGUUGAAAUUUCUGUUUCCAGUUUUUGAAGGAACAUAGUCCAAUUAUUUAAAGGCACUUAUGCAAAUAUUUGACAUAGGAUGGAAUAAAGGUAUAAAUAUGCAGCAGCAGCUUUAGGCACUUUGUGUCCUUUUCCUCAAAAGCUUGAUAUUUAUCCAAUAUGGUGAGUAUACAUUUCUUUUUUUUUUAAGUAGGCUCCACACCCAGCAUGGAGCCCAACACAGGGCUUGAACUCACAACCCUGAGAUCAAGAGUCAGACACUUAAACUGACUGAGCCACCCGGGCACCCCAUACUUCCUUUUCUUUCUGUUGCUCCCCUCCCCCCAUGGGCUUCUGUCUCUCUUAAUGAGCAAAAUAUAGACUUGGCAAAGCAAUCAGAAUGCCCAUAAUUGGCAGAAUUCUAAUUAAUGCCAAGGAUUUGUAAUCUUUGGAGUCUUCUUUUCCCUUUAUCACUGCUUUGUUAGGAGUGACAACUCUCCCCCUUUUCCUUUAAAGCUUAUGUGCUUCUAAUGAUUGGAAACCUUGUCAAAUAACAAAAAGCAUUACAUAUAAAACAAGAUAUAACCAGUUUGGGAAUGUAUUAAGCUAUAGUUAUCCUUUCCAUGUCAAGCUUAAUGUUGAGAAUACAUUUCUAAGUUAGCAUAAGGUAAUCUAUGCAAAAUAGAUAAAUAAUACACUUGAAAUUAUCUUUGGUAUGAGUUUUUUUUCCAAUGAUAGUAAAAUUGGAGGUCUUAAUCUGCUUAUGAGAAUAAAAAUUUAUAGAAAUGUGUAUUCUUUAAAAAGGGCUAAACCAUGGAAACCUUAUGAUUACAGCUUAAGUUGAAAAUAGGAAAAAAAUAUAAAUGUCCAAUGAUUAAACUUUUUCCACUGCUGUUCACAUCAUGAUUUGUUGUGAUUAAUGUAUGUGGAUGAGGACAUAAUGGAAAAAGAAAAUCAUAGUGGGAGAAAAAAAGUAUAGAUAAGACUAUAGUUUCUGUAUGUUGAUUUACUUAUUAAUGUUUUCCCUUUUAGGAAUGAAAUUGAGGGUUUUUCAUAAAGAACAUCAUUUUGUCAGAUUGAUAAAAAAUGUGAACGUUUAUAUAGUAAGCAGGAUGAAGUUAAAGGAAGUAGACCGUACGGCCAUGCAGGCCUGGAGCCCUGCCCAGAAUCAUCCCAUUUACCUAGCUACAGGAACAUCUGCUCAACAAUUGGAUGCAACAUUUAGUACCAGUGCUUCCCUUGAGAUAUUUGAAUUAGAUCUUUCUGAUCCAUCCUUGGAUAUGAAAUCUUGUGCCACCUUCUCUUCUUCUCAUAGGUACCACAAGUUGAUUUGGGGGCCUCAUAAGAUGGAUUCCAAAGGGAAUGUCUCUGGAGUUCUGAUUGCAGGUGGUGAAAAUGGAAAUAUUAUUCUUUAUGAUCCUUCUAAAAUUAUAGCUGGAGACAAGGAAGUUGUGAUUGCCCAAAAUGACAAGCAUACCGGCCCAGUAAGAGCCUUGGAUGUGAAUAUUUUCCAGACUAAUCUGGUAGCCUCUGGUGCUAAUGAAUCUGAAAUCUACAUUUGGGAUCUCAACAAUUUUGCAACUCCAAUGACACCAGGAGCCAAAACACAGCCCCCAGAAGAUAUCAGCUGCAUUGCAUGGAACAGACAAGUUCAGCAUAUUUUGGCAUCAGCCAGUCCCAGUGGCCGGGCCACUGUAUGGGAUCUUAGGAAAAAUGAACCUAUCAUCAAAGUUAGUGACCAUAGUAACAGGAUGCAUUGCUCUGGGUUGGCGUGGCAUCCUGAUGUUGCGACUCAGAUGGUCCUUGCCUCUGAGGAUGAUAGAUUACCAGUGGUCCAGAUGUGGGAUCUUCGCUUUGCUUCCUCUCCACUCCGUGUCUUGGAAAACCAUGCCAGGGGGAUUUUGGCAAUUGCUUGGAGCAUGGCAGAUCCUGAAUUGUUGCUGAGCUGCGGAAAAGAUGCUAAGAUUCUCUGCUCCAACCCAAACACAGGAGAGGUGUUAUAUGAACUUCCCACCAACACGCAGUGGUGCUUUGAUAUUCAGUGGUGUCCCAGAAAUCCUGCUGUCUUAUCAGCUGCUUCCUUUGAUGGGCGUAUCAGUGUUUAUUCUAUCAUGGGUGGGAGCGCAGAUGGCUUAAGGCAGAAACAAGUUGACAAGCUUUCAUCUUCUUUUGGAAAUCUUGAUCCCUUUGGCACAGGACAGCCCCUUCCUCCAUUACAAAUUCCUCAGCAGACUGCUCAGCAUAAUAUAGUGUUGCCUCUGAAGAAGCCACCCAAGUGGAUCCGAAGACCUGUUGGUGCUUCCUUUUCAUUUGGAGGCAAACUGGUUACCUUUGAGAAUGUCAGAAUACAGGCCCAGCAGGGAGCUGAGCAGCAGCAACAGCAACACCCUGUGUUCAUCAGUCAGGUGGUGACAGAAAAGGAAUUCCUCAGCCGAUCGGACCAACUUCAGCAAGUCGUGCAGUCGCAAGGAUUUGUCAGUUACUGUCAGAAAAAGAUUGAUGCUUCUCAGACUGAGUUUGAGAAAAAUGUAUGGUCCUUUUUGAAGGUGAACUUUGAGGAUGAUUCUCGGGGAAAAUACCUUGAACUUCUAGGAUACAGAAAAGAAGACCUAGGAAAGAAGAUUGCUUUGGCCUUGAACAAGGUGGAUGGACCCGAUGUGGCUCUUAAAGAUUCUGACCAAGUAGCACAGAGUGAUGGGGAGGAGAGCCCUGCUGCUGAAGAGCAGCUCUUGGGAGAGUGCAUUAAAGAGGGAAAACAAGAAUCUGAAUUUCUACCAUCAGCAGGAGGAACAUUUAACAUCUCCAUCAGUGGCGAUAUUGAUGGCUUAAUUACUCAGGCUUUGCUGACGGGUAACUUUGAGAGUGCUGUUGACCUUUGUUUACAUGAUAACCGCAUGGCUGAUGCCAUUAUAUUGGCCAUAGCAGGUGGACAAGAACUCUUGGCUCAAACGCAGAAAAAAUAUUUUGCAAAAUCCCAAAGCAAAAUUACCAGGCUAAUUACUGCAGUGGUGAUGAAGAACUGGAAAGAAAUUGUUGAGUCUUGUGACCUUAAAAAUUGGAGAGAGGCUUUAGCUGCAGUAUUGACUUAUGCUAAACCAGAUGAAUUUUCAGCCCUUUGUGAUCUUUUGGGAACCAGGCUUGAAAGUGAAGGUGAUAGCCUCCUGCAGACUCAAGCAUGUCUCUGCUAUAUUUGUGCAGGGAAUGUAGAGAAACUAGUUGCAUGUUGGACUAAAGCUCAAGAUGGAAGCAGUCCUUUGUCCCUUCAGGAUCUUAUUGAGAAAGUUGUCAUCCUGCGAAAAGCUGUACAACUCACCCAAGCCAUGGACACCAGUACUGUAGGAGUUCUUUUGGCUGAGAAGAUGAGUCAGUAUGCCAAUUUGUUGGCAGCCCAAGGCAGUAUUGCUGCAGCCUUGGCUUUUCUUCCUGAAAACACCAACCAGCCAAAUAUUGUGCAGCUUCGUGACAGACUUUGUAGAGCACAAGGACAGCCUGUACCAGGACAGGAAUCACCUAAAAUUCCUUAUGAGAGGCAGCAGCUGCCCAAGGGCAGGCCUGGACCAAUGGCUGGCCACUCACAGACGCCAAGAGUUCCAACUCAACAAUAUUAUCCGCAUGUUAGAAUUGCCCCUACUGUCACUACCUGGAGUAACAAAACUCCUACCGCCCUUCCCAGCCAUCCACCUGCAGCCUCUCCCUGUGACACACAGGGAGAAAAUCCUCCACCUCCAGGUUUCAUAAUGCAUGGAAAUGUUAACCCAAAUGCUGCCACAGCUCAGCUUCCCACCUCUCCGGGUCAUAUGCACACCCAGGUACCACCUUAUCCACAGCCACAGCCUUAUCAACCAGCCCAGCAGUAUUCCUUCGGAACAGGGGGGUCAACAAUGUAUCGACCUCAGCAGCCUGUUGCUCCUUCUGCUUCAAACGCUUACCCUAACACCCCUUACAUAUCUCCUGCUUCUUCCUAUUCUGGGCAGUCUCAGCUGUAUGCAACACAGCACCAGGCCUCUCCACCUACCUCCAGCUCUGCUGCUUCUUUCCCUCCUCCCCCUUCCUCCGGAGCAUCCUUCCAGCACGGCGGACCAGGAGCUCCACCAUCGUCUUUAGCUUACGCGCUGCCUCCUGGAACAACAGGUACACUGCCUGCUGCCAGUGAGCUGCCUGCGUCGCAAAGAACAGAAAAUCAAUCUAUGCAAGACCAGGCACCUAUGUUGGAAGGUCCUCAGAAUGGAUGGAAUGAUCCUCCAGCUUUGAACAGAGUACCUAAGAAGAAGAUGCCUGAAAACUUUAUGCCUCCUGUUCCCAUCACAUCACCAAUUAUGAACCCUUUGGGUGACCCCCAGUCACAGAUGCUGCCGCAACAGCCUUCAGCUCCCCUACCUCUGUCAAGCCAAGCUUCAUUUCCACAGCCACAUCUUGCAGGUGGCCAGACCUUCCAUGGCAUACAACAACCCCUCGGUCAACCAGGCAUGCCACCAUCUUUCUCCAAGCCCAAUAUUGAAGGCGCCCCAGGGGCUCCUAUUGGAAAUACCAUCCAGCAUGUGCAGUCUUUGCCAACAGAAAAAAUUACCAAGAAACCUAUUCCAGAUGAGCACCUCAUUCUAAAGACCACAUUUGAGGAUCUUAUUCAGCGCUGCCUCUCUUCAGCCACAGAUCCUCAAACCAAGAGGAAGCUAGAUGACGCCAGCAAACGCUUGGAGUUUCUGUAUGAUAAACUUAGGGAACAGACACUUUCACCCACAAUCAUCAGUGGUUUACACAACAUUGCAAGGAGCAUUGAAUCGCGAAACUACUCAGAAGGAUUGACCAUCCACACCCACAUAGUUAGCACCAGCAACUUCAGUGAGACCUCAGCUUUCAUGCCAGUUCUCAAAGUCGUUCUCACCCAAGCCAAUAAGCUGGGUGUCUAAAAGGACAUCUUUACUCCCAGCCCAUAUUGCCAUUUUUCCAAAGAAACAUAUUUUUAAAAAUGUUAAGAUAUGGACCAAUCCUCAUUAGCAUGUUUCCAUUAACAGCCAGUCAAGAGCAUUUACACUAUUUCUGCAGAUAUACUCACCUUAGAACUGCUCAAAACCCAGGUGCUUUCUUUUAUUUUAAUCUUUUAUUGCCCAUGAUGAUUUUCCUAUUCUGCAAAUAGUGUAUUUCCUGGAUUACACAUAGUGUGUUUUCCUGAAGUAUUCUGAUAAAAUGUGUUUUUUAAAACCUCAGUAUACUUUUUGGAAAAAGAGCAUCUGGUUAUGCAUAAAGCGGAGCUAAAACUAAGUUUCUUUCGGGUCCUCCCUACUUCCUCUGUGUCAAUCACAUUAAAGUGUGUAAUCCUAUUUUAUGUGUAUAUAGUCUUUUUUUUUUUAAACAGCUGCUCAGAGUUUGGUUUAAUCCCUAUUUUUUGUGUCUUUGGCUUCACUCAGGUCCUGAACAAAUAACUAAAUCUAGAGGUUGCUACAUAGAUUUUAGGAAAGAUUAAUGAAGAGUGGGAUCACUAGCUUUAAAUAUCUGUUGGAAAAGACUGAGCAUUUUCAUUCUGUGGAAUGCAUUGACUUUUUUGUAUUAAUAAAUGUUUUCAAUAUUCCA